AUGUUUAUGAAAUUUGUGCUGUUUAUAAUUGUGCGAGCAUCGAAGGGGAAAGGUCAGGAGCGUGUGGGCAGCUCUCUGCUCAGUCCACAGGAGAAUGAGAGGCUGGAGGAUCUGCUGGGCAGGAGGUGUAUGGACUGUCAAGUGGGGUUGAACUUUGCAGAUGUAGGAGAGGCUGAAAAUUUCUUUGCUGUAGUGGAGGACAAGAUCAGCCAGAGAAAUAGUCGUUUUGAGAAACAGCAGAAAAAAGGACAAGAAUAUAGAGAUCAUGGAGCUUUGCCACCACUUCCUCGGCCAAAUGGCUCUGGCAUUCUUACCUCUUCUCCCAUGCCUCCACUGGUACCAAGUAAUAUCCAGAACCAAAUUACCCCUUCCAAAUCAAAGAAAGACAAGAAAGAGAAAGACAAGAAAAAUAAAAAGAAAGGAUUCAAACUGUUGAAGGGGGAUAUUGGAGCACCCAGUGGAUUCACGCAUGUCAGUCACCUUGGCAUGGGUUCCAACAGUUUGGACCCAGACCUGAUGAAACUUCUGUCCCGUGCUGGGAUCAGUGAAGCAGAUAUGAAUGACUCGGAAACCUCUCAGCUCAUUUAUGAUGUCAUUGAGCGUUCAGGUGGAAUAGAGGCUGUUAAAAAGGAAGUGAACGAGCAGGAGUCUGCACGCCCUCCUGUUCCCAGUGGACAUCGGGGUUCUCUUUCCCAAGUGCCAUCUGGGUUCUCCUCAGCACCGCCACCCCUACCUCAAGGUCGAAUGGGGCCUCUACCGCCUGUCCCGGGUCAAUCCUCUGGUCCACCUUCUCAUCGAGGUUCCCUUCCACCUACACCUCCAAGAGCAGUUGCAUCACCACAAACCCCCGAGGGCCGUGGCGGUCCUCUGCCAGCCCGAUCCACAUCAUUAGGCCCCCUGCCACCGGUUCCUGCUGGAGGCCGCACUGGACCCUUGCCUCAACCUCCAGGACUCCGCAGCGCACCUUUACCACCUCCACCUGGAGGUCGGAGUGGAGGUUUACCCCCACCACCACUUAAAGGAGAACGUAAAGAGUCUUUAGCCCCCAUUCCAGGAAAGAGACCUGGACCACAAAUGACCGAAAGACGAGGUAGCUUUCUGCCGCCCCAACCUGCUGGGGCAGCUCCACCACCACUACCACCGGGUGUGAGGAGCGCACCCUUACCCCCACCUCCGAGAGACAACAGUGAAUGUUUGCCACCUCCGCCUCAAUCUAAUAUGCCAUUACCUCCUCCCCCAUCUGAUUUCUUCCCUCCUCCUCCACCUGAAGACUUUGCUGAUUCUGUGCCUCCACCUCGUCCAUUUGAAUCCAACUUUCCUCCCCGAAGCAAUUCCUCGGGUUUCGCCCCUCCACCCCCUCCAAUCUCAGCCAAACGCAGUGCAGGCGGUCCGUCUCCACCACCUCCUCCUCCUCCACCUCCCGCUGCUCCUCCUCCAGUGAACUUUGGAAGCAAUCCCUCAUCUCCAAGUGGUCCGCCACCUCCAGCAUCCAGCGGUGGUGAAGAGGGUAGAGGAGCAUUACUUGCCCAGAUACAGUCAGGGAUGAAACUCAAAAAGGUGGCCACCAACCCAGAUCCACCUUCACCUGCCCUGGAUACAGAAGAGGGAAUAGUUGGAGCUCUAAUGAUGGUGAUGCAGAAGAGGAGUAAAGUCAUCCAUUCAUCUGAAGAGGAUGAUGAAUUUGAUGAUGACGAGGACGACGAUGAAGAGUGGGAUUAAUCCUGGUGUAAUUGAAAUACUUUCAAUACAUGAACCUAGGCAGUUUUACAUGUUUUGGAAGUUAAACAACACUGAUCCAAAGCAUUUUCUCUAGGGAUGCACUGACAUUCUGGCCAAUUCAGAAAAACGCUGAUAAAUGGCUAAUAUUAAAAUUC